AUGCAAGGUGUGCUGCUUCCGCUGGUGAUGUGGAUGAUUUGGAUUCCAGAGUCUGCGGCAGAGGAGCUGGACUUAAGACGUAGUCCUCGCGUUGUGGGCGGUCAUCCUAGUGAUGUGUGGAAUCAGCCGCACGUGGUCAACAUUCGGCGGCGUGGCAACUUCGAGUGCGGCGGAUCUCUGGUCACUCCCCGUUGUGUCUUGACCGCCGCCCACUGCCUGAAAGAGGGUCAACCAUCCGACUUCGUGGUACGCGGCGGGGUCACCUAUCUGCGGGAUAUGAGCAAUGCCCGCUAUGUGAGGAAGAUACUGCUGCCAGCGGCCUACAGUCGCACCACUUUGGACCACGAUGUGGCUCUCCUGCAGCUGCAGCAUCCGCUUCAGGCCUCCGUUGCUCGACCCAUCUCCUUGGCAUUAAGAUCUCCUCGCCCUGGGUCUUUUGUCCGGGUUUCCGGCUGGGGACUAACCGACGACAGCUCCACACAGCUGCCCAAUCAGCUGCACAGCGUCCAUGUGCGAGUGAUGCCACAGUGGGAGUGUCGGGAUCUAUAUCGUGGCUAUCGGAACAUUACGGCCAGCAUGUUCUGUGCAUCGAUUCCGGGUUUAAAGGAUGCCUGUGCCGCUGAUUCCGGGGGUCCGGUGGUCAAUGCCCAUGGCUUCCUCGUGGGCGUCGUCUCAUGGGGCAGGGCUAAUCGCUGUGCCGCCGCAGAUAGUCCCGGGGUUUACUCCGAUGUCAGUUACCUAUCCGACUGGAUAGUCGAUAAUAUGCGCCGGUAUUGCUAG